UAGCUGCUGAUCCAUUGAUCUCUCUCUGUAUUAUUUUUUUCCCCUCUCCCUGAGGUUGGGUUUGGAGUUAACUCCUCUCUUCCCAGCCUUCCUGUGGGUUCAGCUGCUUCCACCAAGAGGGGACAGUGAGAAUGGGAGGAUGGAAGUGGGCAGGAUCCCACAGAUCCGCCACCUCUAUGUUCUGGGAUGUGUUUCCCUACAUUUCCAGGGAACAUGUAUGUCUCAGCCUGUCAGACCCCUACCUCAUCCUUGGGAUAUGGGUCUAAGUCCUGUGGAGAAUGAGCAAAUAGUUGCUAUUUUUAGCUGUUAAUUAAUUCCUAGCAGCAAGGCAAAAAGUGCUGUGGCACAGGGCAGAUUGAUCUCAGACCUGGGGAUGGAGGUUGAAGCAGCUUUGUUCUCUGUCUAGAGCAGAUCUGACCUCUCACCGGCAUUUCCCUCCCUGGAGAGGGAGGACAGGCUGUCCAGUGAGGGCACCUCCAGACACCCAGCUUUGUUAUCACUACCUGGGACAGUGUGUGCUCUGGCUGUCCAGAUAAGAAACAACCAUGCCACUCACAAGAAACAACAGCCCUUCCACGCCUGCCCAGCCACCCUCCUGGGCUUGGACACAUUGCUGUGCUGGGGAUGGUUUCAGCAAGACCCAAAAGCUAGCUUCCCUUUUCUGGGAAGGUCCUGGGCGCAUCAUCAAACACAGCCAUGGGGCAGGAUGGAGAGGAGGAGGAGGAGGCACUGGAUUCUUCCCCUGCAUGGCAGCCUGUUCUCCCAGGGGCAGCACAGGUGGAGGGCCCCCGCUGCUGCCUCCUGCUAUUCCUCUGCCUGCUGCCACUGCCACUGCGUGCCACCGCCCUGGAAGACACUCAGACGCCACUGCCAAUGCCGUUCAGCACCUCUGACCCUACUGCCCAUCUGCUGCGCCGCCGUCCCUCGGCACCAGUGCGACCCUACAGCCUCUCGCUCUCCCCCGAGGACUACCGCUACGCUCCCAAGCCUCGCCACCUGCGGCCCGGCCGACUGCGUCGGCUGCUGGGCCCGGCCUUUAACCCCUUCUGGAUGUCAUCGGAAGAGCCGCUAGGCCGCAACCUCAGCGCCAAGGAGGAUCUGGAAACCAUGAGCCGGGAGCUGGUGGAGGGUGGCGGGCGGCACCGCCGCAAGCUGUGGAAGGAGGCGGAGGGGCUGGAGCUGCCCCCCGAGCUGCCCGCUGACAUGGCGCGGCCCCUGCGGCGCUGGCUGGUGGAGAGAGCCUCGUGCCGUCUCACCUCCACAUGGGUGGACCUGGGGCCCGUCUUCUGGCCCCGCUGGGUGCGGCACACCGCCUGUGGGACCGGCCCUCCCGCCUGCUCGUGGCCCCCAGGCAUGGCCUGUCACCCGGCCCAGCUCGCUCACCUCAAGCUGCUGGCCUGGCACUGCUGGGCUGCACGGCCCCCCGGCUCCCUGCACUGCGCCUGGCGGCAGAUCCCCUAUCCUGUGGUGGUGGCCUGCAAGUGCUCCUGUCGCUGAGAGGGUGGGGAAAUAAAGGGCUGAAAGCCAAGCAGGCCUCUUUUGGGUGUUUGAUUGCGGAGAAGGAUGUGGGGUGGAUUUGGCUGCAUGUGGAUCCCUGUGGGGCUUGGUUUGAGAUGGGGUGGUGCAGGUCUGAGAAUCAUAGAAUCAUUCGGAUUGGAAAGACCACUGAGAUCAUCGAGUCCAACCAUCAGCCCGUGCCUGUGACCAUACAUGUCUGUGGGAGCAGAGCUGAGGUGCAACAAAGCCACAGGGAGAGGUGGGUUGAACCUCAGGGUGGUCACCAUGGGGGGCUGGAAGAGGGGCAGGCUUGGGACUGGGCUGUGGUGGCACAGUGAGGGUGGGUGGAGGUGAAUCCAGGGCUGGAAGUGUCCAUGUGCAUCUGAGAAUGGGAUGGGGUGGUCUGAUAUCUUAAUGUACAACAGGAGUGAUGGGGGACCCACAGCCACCCCGUAUCAGUAGUGCAGAGGGUGGCAGCUCAAGACAGGGGUGGAUCCAUCUGUUCUAGGAAACAGCCUGGAGAGGCAGCACUUACCUUUGCGUCCCACUGAGAAAAAAAAAGUCUUCUGCUUUCUGGUCCAAAAGUCAUUAAGAGCCACAAACCAGCCCUACACGUUGAAGAAAUACAAGCUGGAGGGUUUGCCUAGGAAUAAAGCACUACCACACCUCCUGCAGUUGGUGAUGGCUGUGCUAUUCAUUUCCAGCCUGACUCAUGUGCCUUCCUGGCGCUGCGGCUCCUGGUGCUGUGCAGCCUGCUGCAGAGCUUGGCCUUGAUGCAGUGAGAGAGUCCAAGCAAACAUUCCAUUGAGCUCUCAAUGCUGUCACAUUUAAAAACAGGAGCUCAUCUCCUACUUUUGAGUGGCCGUGGAGCCUAGCUUGAAUGCAGCUUGUUCUGCAGAUGGACCCUGGUCUCCAUACCAGCCUCCUUCAGCCAUACAGUCAUUGCUCUGGUUUGAGUCAGAUACGGUCACACCUGCAUCACACUCAGAUCAGCAUAGGGACGAUAGAAGGACGCACAUCUUGAUUCAAAUAAAGCCAUGCUGAGAUGCCCAGGAGCCACGUGUGCCUGCAUGAGCACUAAAUCACCGCCACUCCUGCACAGCUUGGAGGAACAAAUCCAGAGCUGUCAGCUGUCUGUGUGUUCUCUGCUGUGUGAAAAUUGUGCACAAUGGAGAGGAAUUACAGGUUUCUGUCACCUGCUCUGUUUAUGGCCUCAAAUUUAAAGCCCAGCUGCUGGGCUGUGGCAUGUGAGAACCAGAUCCCAGGGUAAGAGCCCCAUGGUCAGGCUGGAGGGGCUCUGAGUGCCAUCACCUAGCUGUAAGUGUCCCUGUUCAUUGCAGGGGAGUUGAACCAGAUGGCCUUUAAGGGUCCGGCCCAACUCAAAUGAUUCUGCGGUGAGGGCAGUGGGCAGAGCAUAAUGGCUGGCCCAGAGCACCAAGAAAGCAAGCCUUUGCUCUCUCACAGACUGGCUGCUGGUGGCAUGGGUAGCCAAAGGCUGAUGCACAACCCUGAGAAAUUUUCCUGCCCUUGUGGAGAAUUACUGUGGGGUCAUAUUUUGGAACCUGCAGGAUGGGCACUGAGGAAACAGAUAACCACAGCAGCAGCACAUUUCCACCUGCAGAAGGGGAGAGGAGCACUUCAGUGCCCUGACUGAA